AUGAGUUGCUUUUCAUGCUUUUCAUCCCACGAGAAGAAGGUAGCUUCCAAGAGCUGGUCAGAUGGUGGGAGAAGACAACAGAACCAAUUGCCCACCUCUCCUCCUCCUCCUCCUCCUCCUCGGAGGCAGUCUACCGCUCCAUCACGGACCGCCAAGAGCACCGGUGGAGACCGAGCCGAAAAGGACGCUCCUCCUAAAGAAGCGGGCACCAACAACAACAACGUUGCGGCGCAAACAUUCACCUUCCGAGAACUGGCCACGGCAACAAAGAACUUUAGGCAGGAAUGCCUGAUCGGGGAAGGCGGGUUCGGGAGAGUUUACAAGGGAAAGCUCGACAAAACCGGGCAGGUCGCGGCGGUGAAACAACUCGACAGGAACGGCUUGCAAGGGAACAGAGAGUUCCUUGUGGAGGUGUUGAUGCUGAGCCUUCUGCACCAUGAGAACUUGGUGAAUCUCAUCGGCUAUUGCGCCGACGGCGAUCAGAGGCUUUUGGUGUACGAGUACAUGCCCCGCGGUUCCUUGGAAGACCAUCUGCUCGAUCUGGCACCAAACCAAAAGCCAUUAGAUUGGCCCACAAGAAUGAAGAUAGCCCUAGGAGCGGCCAAGGGCUUGGAGUAUCUGCACGACAAGGCGAACCCCCCGGUGAUCUACCGCGACUUGAAGUCCUCCAACAUCCUUUUGGACAACCAGUUCGACGCGAAGCUCUCGGAUUUCGGGUUGGCCAAGCUGGGCCCGAUGGGGGACAGACAGCACGUGUCGUCAAGAGUGAUGGGGACUUACGGCUACUGCGCCCCGGAGUAUCAGAGGACGGGCCAGCUUACCGUGAAGUCGGAUGUGUACAGCUUCGGCGUUGUCCUGUUGGAGUUGAUCACUGGAAGAAGAGCCAUCGAUACCACCCGGCCGACAGAAGAGCAAAAUCUAGUCACUUGGGCACAGCCCGUUUUCAAGGACCCACGCAGAUACCCGGAACUGGCGGAUCCGCUCCUAAACGACGACUUUCCCGUGAGAGGCCUGAACCAGGCGGUCGCAGUAGCCGCCAUGUGCCUCAACGAGGAAGUGGCGGUCCGACCCUUAAUGGCCGAUGUCGUGACUGCGUUGAGCUAUCUCUGGUUAGGCCCCGGGACAGGGACCGUAACGGUCCACGCGCAAUCUCCCCCGUCCGAUCACAGCACGAUGGACGGAGCUAGGAACAACGAUCAGGCAGAGGACGGAACCGGCACGACGGAACGAGAGCGCGCGGUCGCGGAAGCCAUCGAAUGGGGCUCCAACUCCCGGCGCAACGCGAGCUCGCGCCGUACCAGUGUUUCUUCAUUGUGAGAUUUUUUUUUUUUUUUUUUUGCACAUACGAUG